AUGUAUUCUUCAGACGACAGUAGCGGCCCGCGGUACGUGACGGUGGAGCGGCAGGUGACGGUGACCGAGACGCGGAAGGUGUGUGCGCGGUGCGGCCGACAGCUGCCAAAAGCGGUGGAGCACCGGGAGGGGUGGCGCACGGGGGCCGCCAUCAGCGGGUCUCUAGCGACGUCCUACGGCGGUUCGAUGGCGGGUGCGGCUGUGGGAACGGCGAUCUUUCCGGGCGUCGGCACGCUGUUUGGGGCCCUCACGGGCGCCAUCACCGGCGCCAUCGGCGGCAGUGUGGCGGGGGCAGCGGCCAGUGACGGGAUUUGCGACGCGGUCGAAAGCCACAGCGAUAUCCUCUGCCCCGAGUGCCGCGAGCGUGAGGACCGACGACGAGAACAAGGAGAGCAGGAUCAACUAGGAACAACCACAGGCGCAGCUGCCGGCGGCGCGCAAGGAGACGACCAGCCAUCCUGGUUCAGCAGUUUUCCGUGGUCGUCCGACGGCAGUACACCCGCAGCCGCGGAGGAAGCAAACGACACGGCGGAGCAGUCGUGGCAGUGAGGAGUGCACGCCAAAAAGAACCCGAACAAUCAACUUUUUGGUGGGACAGGCCGCCGGCUCGGGGACGGAUCCACUUCACCUACUACAUAGCCAGCCGUGCUUCUGCUUCUGCAGGAUGAAAAGUACCCUGUGUAAGAUGUCAGCUCUUCACUUUUUCAGAUGCAUUGCAAUUGAAGUUUCGAACCAUGAUUACGGCCUCUGAAAAGCAUUCUCGUCCCCGCCAUGAGUGUGAAUUGAGUCAUACAUGCUGAAUGUGUGCGCACGCAUGUUCAACAAGGAGCAGCAAUUCAUCAGGCCAGUAGCCAAUUUCCUCGUUCAAAGAU